CUCUUAAUUAAAGCUUUAAUGCAUUUAGAUGACGAAGAAUGUGGUAAAUUUGAUAGUAUCGAACAAACAUUGGAACUGAACAAUCAUAUUAGAAUUGCUUUCUGUAGGCCGUUGGAUAAAAUAUUCAAUAUCAAAUGUAAAGGAAUGCGGUCUUUAGCUCGUGUUAUAGGAAGAUUGGACAUGGAAACCGGUGAUAGGCUUGUACAUGUUAACGAUACACUUAUAUUUUGCCGAUGCGAAUCCAACAAAUGGAUAAGAAUGAUGAUUGAGCCAUGGAUCAAUGAUAUGUUUUCAUUUUCAUAUAUCUGCAUUUAAUCGAAAGCUGGAUAAAAAGUGACUACUAUUUUAAAAUGGCAAAAAUAUAUUAAACUUAAUUUGAUAAUUCUAUUAAGAUUUGAGGAUAUUUUUAAUGUGACACACCCAAGACGGCGCGCGGCCAGAAAGACUUGCUUCAAUAUUUGCACGCCUUUAUGGCUGCGCGCCGUUUUGGUACGUACCCAUUUUUAAUAGCUAUUCAUAAUUUAUUUUCGAAAAAGCAAAAAAUAUACAGGUUAGAAUAUAGAAGUACAUACAUAUUUUCAACCUAUGAAAUAAGUCGAAAUAUAAAAUGGCGAUGUAUCUAAUAGAAAAAAUAUUUGUGGAUUUAGGAUUUAAGAGUUUAGGAUUUAACAACUCAACUAGUUGAGGCUGUAAAAUUGAGAGCAUAGAAAUUUGAGAAUUUGCUAUUUGCGA